GUGCGUGAGUGUUUGGUGAGUUGAAAUUGCAUUUGUUACUACUCCUCGCAACAGAGGGAAUCCAGCUGUGGAUGUUUCUCUGCCCUUAAUGCCCUGGGGCUUUGGAGUUUGCCUCUCCGUCAUUCAGUAGUAGUUUACUCAGGAGGAGGCAUGGCCGCAUGGAGCAGCGCUCUGCCAAGUGUCUUUACGCUUGUUCUGUCCAUGCUACUGCUCCUCCAGCUCCUGGUCAGUUUGAUAGUGCCGCGCCAUACGUAUGCACCCGAAUUUACUGUCAUCAGUAUAAAUAGUCACGAAUCCAAAUUAUUUGACUCCAGCGUGGAUGGACGCCCAGACAGCGCGCAGAAACUUUGGCCAGAUGAAGAGACAGCGGAACGUCUGCGCGCCUACGCCGACGAAAACGAGCUGAAUUCUCGCCAGGCCACAGACAGAAAACUUGUGCUUCAGCCUUGGGCAUCAGGACAACCAUCCUUUAGUGCUGAAGUGCAGCGUCUUAUCCAAUUCAUUACUACACCAGAGGUGAAUUGUUCCAGAUGGCAGAGUUCUGGUGAAUCUGGGUCUGCAUAUGUUGGGGAAAGUUCUGAGGCUCUGUGCUUGAAUUACUGGGCCACUAGCCAUCCUUGUGUCGCUUACUCUUUCAGUUUGGAUGGGAAGGAUGCAUUGAUUCUAAAAUCCACAUUAAGUAUGAGAUGUGAGGUGCAUCGCUUUGACCCUAGUACUCGGCACAAACACAGUAGUAGCUCUGAACAUGGAUCUGUCCAGCACCAUCAAGCUUGGCUUGAUUGGAGACGCCCCCGCACUCGAUCUCACAGGGGAGUUUUAGGGACUAUACCUCACAGCCUGGUGGACAUCAUGGACUCACUGGGCCACAGCAUGGUGCACGUUCUGUGGGCAGAUCUGUUGAGCACCGAAUGGCGAAUGUUGGAGAGUUGGGUACAGGAUGGAAUUCUCAGACGGAUCAGUCAGCUCAUACUAACUGUACAUCUACAGUGGGCAGGGUUUGAAGUGGGUGGGACCGAGGCAGAAGUAGUACGGUUCUGGUACAGUGUACUGAGAGCUCUGCACAGCUCAGGCUUCCGUCUGACACACUCAGCUCCUGGGCCAGGACACACUGUACUACGGCAAGAACUUCCCAAUACACACAGCUCAUACAAACUUACCUGGGUCAGGAGAGGUGAACAGUUCUAAUGAUUACUAGCAAUUCUCUAGACUUAGGAGAACUGCUGCAAAUGCACAUG